AUGUACGCCGGUCACAUCGAGUUUGAGUUUGAGUACAGAGGCAUUGAGUGUAAUGCUGCCAAGAUAGGUUCCACCGCAGCGGACGUCUAUCAUAAAAGUGGCGUCAGCGUUUUUAUUGGGCCAGCAUGUCCGGUGUCAGUACAGACUCUAAGCUAUAUGGCCAAGGAAUGGAACAUCCCCGUGAUAACACCAGCUGGCUACAAAGGGACACUGAAAAACAAGACCCUCUUCCCCACCCUGACCCGACUAUCUCCUUUUGGGCAAGAACAGUUUGCGGAAUUCACCGUGCAGCUGCUUGACUCCUACGGCUGGAGUCACAUCGCCAUCAUCUACGACGACAGUGAACCUACGGCAAUGUCAAGCCUGAUGGGGGAUACUUAUGUCGAUUUCUUCAUGGAUACGGACUACGAGUGGACGCACUUCCCGAUGACAGCUGGCGAGAUGAACAACGAGGGAUACGAGAAUGUCCUCAAAGAGGCUGGCGAGAAUGCGAGAAUAUUCAUCAUCCAUGCCACCCUGGAGGAUGUGCGGGACGUGUUGCUGGUGGCGCACCAGCUGGGCUAUACGGACGGGGAGUACGCCUUCAUCAUCACCAUAUCCCUCAGGAAAACCAUCACUGAGGCGGUGUGGAAGAGGGGAGAUGGCAAGGACCAGGUGGCCCUGGAGGCAUUUCAGAGCGCCUUCUUCCUUUCUUUGUUGGACUCCGAAAAAUCCGAGUUCCAGAUUUUCACGGAAGCAGUGAGGAAGAUGGCAAUGAACAGACACAGUAUUGACAUACGCGAAGAUGAACAAAUCAGUGACAUAACGGGGUACUACAACGCCUUCAGCAUCUACGCUGUGGUCCUCAACGAGACUCUGACGGAUGGCGACGACCCCUACGACGGACGCCAGAUGACCAGAAGGAUGAGGAACAGGACGUUUAAAGGGAGCAACUGGGUUUUAUUUCGUGUAGUAGAACCUGAAGCACUGACUUGCAGUGACUGCUAUCCGCCAGUGACCCACACUGCCGGACAAAAUGAACAAAUCAGUGACAUAACGGGGUACUACAACGCCUUCAGCAUCUACGCUGUGGUCCUCAACGAGACUCUGACGGAUGGCGACGACCCCUACGACGGACGCCAGAUGACCAGAAGGAUGAGGAACAGGACGUUUAAAGGAAUCGCCGGUCCCAUCACUCUGAAUGAAAAUAACGGUAGAGAUUCUAAUCUUGCACUGCAUGACAUCUCGAAUACAGGAGAGAUUGUGGUGGUCGGAGUGUACAUGGGUAAAGAAAGGAUCUACAAGCAGCUGGAGAACCGGGAAAUAAUAUGGCCCAAGAACAGCAGUCCUCCUCUGGACGUACCAGUGUGCGGCUUUAAAGGAUACAGAUGCGAAUACAAGACAACCGACUUCAAAUUGAUCGGUGGACUGGCCGGCGGAGUAGUCUCUUUAAUUUUGAUAGGCUGCAUCUUGUUUGUGCUCCUUUUCAGCAUGUGGAAGCGGGCUAGCGGCAUAGAAAGGUGGUGGUGGAUGGUCGACCACAAGGAGUUAGUUACUGCCUCCAAAAACGACAGACUGUCAGCUCAGUCCAUCACGUCUAAGUUCAGCUCCAUUACACCCAAGAGCGACGUCCUGCCCGACUACAAAACCAAUCUGGCCAUAUACAAGGGUGUGCCGGUUCGCAUGAAGAUGCUGAUAAUGAAAAAUAUCAGUUAUGAUAAACAACUGCUGGAUGAGUUUGAGCACAUACGGAAUCUCAGUCACCCCAAUUUGGUGCGAGUGAUUGGUGCUUGUGUCCAAGGUGAUGAGAAAUAUGUCCUGACAGACUACUGCUCCAAAGGCACCUUGCAGGACAUGAUUGGCAACACGGAAGUCAAGAUGGACGACGAACUGAAAUUCGCUCUAUGCAUUGAUAUUAUGAAGGGCUUGUGUUUCAUCCACGAUAGUUUGCUGCAUCACCACGGAAGGCUGACCAGUGGCGUUUGUCUGGUGGACAACAGGUUCAGGGUCAAACUGGCAGAUUUUGGUCCCACUUCUGUUUUCUCAAAAAUCAUGAUCAGCGAUGACUCCCAGGAGUUCAAGCAAGAAUGUCUGUGGAGGGCCCCGGAACUACUUCGGUCUGGCGACCUCAUCGGCAGCAAGGAGGGCGACGUCUACAGUUUUGGAAUCAUUCUACAGGAGGUGUUCACCACCGAGUCACCUUUCGGGAUUGAAACUGUCACAAUGGGCGUGGAGUAUGUUAUCGAGAAUAUCAUGGAUACCGACGGAGAGCCGUUUCGUCCCGAGUUCAAUCUCCCCGAGCGGAUGAAGCCAAUAAAGGAGCUGGCCGUACGAUGCUGGUCGGAGUUGCCUCAUCACCGCCCUCUGAUGGCCAACGUGAAGAGAGACAUCAACGAGUUGGCAAUUCAGGUGGGCGCCAGCGAGAGUCUGAUGGACAGUCUCCUCCGUCGGAUGGAGCAGUAUGCCAACAACCUGGAGAAGCUGGUGGAUGAGAAGACCGUCGAGUUAAAGGAAGAGAAGAAGAAGACGGAGGAUUUGCUGGAUCAAAUAUUACCCAGACCAGUGGCCAACCAGCUAAAACUGGGUCAAAGAGUAAAACCAGAUGCGUUUGAAUCUGUUACUGUCUGCUUCACCGAUAUCUGCGGCUUCACGGUGCUGUCCUCCAAGUCCUCCCCGAUGCAGGUGGUCGACCUCCUGAACGACUUAUACUCCUGCUUCGACGACAUCAUUGAAAACUACGACGUCUACAAGGUGGAGACAAUCGGAGAUUCAUACAUGGUCGUGUCUGGUCUUCCGGUGAGGAGUGAAAACAGACACGCUGCAGAGAUAUCUCGGAUGUCGCUCAACUUGCUCCAGGAAAUUGACAAUGUUAAAAUCCACCAUCUCCCCGACGAGAGUCUCAAACUCAGGAUAGGAUUGCAUUCAGGUCCUGUCUGUGCCGGUGUAGUGGGAAUCAAGAUGCCCCGGUACUGCCUCUUUGGUGAUACAGUAAAUACUGCCUCCCGGAUGGAAUCUCAUGGGGAAGAAUGUAAGAUUCACAUCAGUGCUGAAACUAAGCUCAUAUUGGACAAACAUGGAUCGUUCAAAGUAACAUUGCGUGGAAACAUUAACAUAAAGGGCAAGGGGAAGAUGGACACGUACUGGUUGCUUGGCGAGGACAAACAAGAGGAGCUAUAUUAA